GUUCGGUUUACGAAAAUAUGGGAGAGUACAAAAAAGCAAAAGAUUUUUAUGAACGAGCGAUUGAAAUUCAAACGAAAGCAUUUGGACCUGACCAUGUUAAUAUUGCGACAAUGUACGGCAAUCUGGGUUCGGUUUACGAUGAUAUGGGAGAGUACGAAAAAGCAAAAGAUUUUUAUGAACUAGCGAUGAAAAUUCAAACGAAAACGUUUGGACCUGAACAUGUUGAUCUUGCGACAACGUACAACAAUCUGGGUUUGGUUUAUAGUAAAAUGGGAAGGUACGAGAAAGCAACAAAUUUUUAUGAACGAGCCAUAGAAAUUAAAACGAAAGCACUUGGACCUGACCAUGUUAAUAUUGCGACAAAGUACAACAAUCUGGGUUUGGUUUACUAUAAAAUGGGAGAGUACGAAAAAGCAAAAGAUUCUUAUAAACGAGCGAUAGAAAUUGAAAUGAAAACAUUUGGACCUGACCAUGUUAAUAUUGCGAUAAGGUACAACAAUCUGGGUUCGGUUUACGAUAAUAUGGGAGAGUACGAAAAAGCAAUAGAUUUUCAUCUACGUGCGAUGAGAAUUCAAACAAAAACAUUUGGACCUGACCAUGUUAAUAUUGCGACAACGUACAGCAAUCUGAGUUUGGUUUACAUUAAAAUGGGAGAGUACCAAAAAGCAAUAUAUUUUUUUGAACGAGCGAAGAAAAUUCAAACAAAAGCAUUUGGACCUGAUCAUGUUAAUAUUACGGGAAAGUAAUCACGUCGUAAUUUUCUGUGUUAGGCAAAACACACAAAACCAACACAAUAAAGUUUAUAACUAUAGAACUUGAAAGUGAAGCAUUUGACCUAUAUUUUUUCUUUUAUUUGCCAACAGCUAAAAUUCUUCCGUAUUUGAGAAACGUUUCACAAGAUAAAGAAAGAAAAAAAAGACAAAAGUCAGUUGUUUUUCAGUAUAAAGCGAUAGAAAUUGAAACAAAAGCAUUUGGACCUGAACAUGUACUGCAAUAAUAUACAACAAUCUUCAUUUGGUUAUAAACAAACUAUAGAUAUUGAAACU